GAUAGUGCAAUAUUUUCAAUAUUCAUAUAUCAUGGUGCAUUUUGACAUCAACGAUCUCUCGGUUCUUGUAGACGGUUUAAGCAUCACGUUGGGUUACAGCCUGUCGUUCCUCAAACUGAUCAAUCUCUGGUUCAAUCGUCGAAAGUUGUACGUUAUUCUGGAUACAAUGGACAAGGACUGGAGUGACGGGAUCGCAGUCCACUCAGACAUAUCCACGAUGAUCAGACACGCCAAUUUGUCUCGUCAGUGCUCCAAUGUGAUGAUCACGACGAAUGCGUUAGCCGUGUUCUUCUACACGAUCGGCGGGCCAAUACUCCGAUCGAUGAUUCAAAAGAACGAGGAUACAACUCGCGAGCUGCCCAUCAAGAUGGAAUUCCCUUUUAAUGUCGAUAAUUCACCGAUUUUUGAGCUGAUAUUGAUACUCCAAUUCUUUCAUGAUUUGUCGGUAGCUUGUAUCAUAGCUAUGCUGAAUGCUUUGCUCAUUACUCUGGUGCUGCACGUAAGUGGUCAAAUUGAUAUCAUGCGACAAAACUUCCUGAAAAUUUCUUCUAAGAAGCCUACAUCAGAAUCUUCUCUGGCUACUAUUAAACUUUUAAUUAACAGACAUCAAAGAAUCAUCGAUUUAUCAGACAAUAUUGAAGAUCUUUUCUCGAAUAUCGCAUUGUUACAAUUUAUUUGGAAUACUUUGGUUAUAUGUUGCAUAGGCUUCGUGAUCGUAAUAUCCAUCGGUACGGAAGAAGGCGCUACGAUGAUAACAAAAUCGCUCAUCUUUUACAUCGCGAUAACUCUCGAGGCAUUCGUCUUUUGCUACGCCGGAGAAUAUCUCAGCGCUAAGAGCAAGUCUAUCAGUGACGCCGCGUACGAAUGCUUCUGGUAUGAUCUAACACCAAGUGAAUGUCGAGUCUUGAUGUUCCUCAUGCUGAGAUCGCAGAAACGAUUAACCAUCACUGCGGGCAAGAUGACUGAUCUGUCGUUGGAGAGUUUUACGACCAUACUUCAUGUGAGUGGCCAAAUCGACAUUAUGCGGCAAGACUUAGACGAAAUUUCUAAUGGCAAAUACGAUCGCAGCACAUUUCUAGUUAUUAUCAAAGGCCUUAUUUGCAGACAUCAGAAGAUUAUUACUUUAUCAGAAAAUAUCGAGAAUCUGUAUACUCACAUUGCAUUAAUGCAAGUUCUAUGGAAUACGUUGGUUAUGUGUUGCACUGGUUUUGUGAUCAUAAUUACCAUUGAUGCCGGAGAUAGAGCAAGUUUGAUUAAGUCUGUGAGUUACUAUAUCGCAAUAGUCCUGGAAGCUUUCAUAUAUUGCUUUGCAGGAGAAUUUUUGAGUGCCAAGAGCAAAUCGAUUGGCGAUGCAAUAUACGCGUCACUUUGGUAUAAUAUGUCGUCAAGCGACAGUCGCAUUAUAUUGUUUAUGAUAUUAAGAUGUCAAAAGCGAUUAACGAUCACGGCAGGAAGAGUCAUGGAUCUGACUUUAGAAGGAUUUACAAGUAUUAUGAAGGCUUCUGUCUCGUAUAUAUCAGUAUUAAAUGCAAUGUCGUAAAAUCGAGAAAAUAAUUAGAUAGAAUUUCUUAAUUAGAAUAGUAUUUUAUUUAUAGUUAUCAAACCAUUAUUAUUGUUAACUAAAUGGAAUUGCACAAUUUAUAAGCCGUAUAAAUUUAUUUCAAUAGAAAUUAUUCAUAACAAGUUUAUUGAAUAAAUAUUUUUUAUUGAUGACAAUUGACUGAUACUAAAUGAUACUUUAUUUAAAACGUUAUA